AUAAAACUUAGGUUUACCUUUUACAAUAUAUGAAUGAAUUCAUGCACUGUUCAUGAAUGUUCAUGAACAUUAAAUUCAUAAUAUCACAUGAUCAGUUUCCAUUAUUUUGUUGCAUGCUGGGAAUAUUUUUGCACAUGUGAUUCAGCAAUUUUUGAGAAGUUUGUGCAGCAAAUAAGAAGGAAAUAUUUAUCAUACUACAGUUAGGAAUGGUUUAAAAGGAACAUGAGUAUACUGAAUAUCAAAUAAGUAAUUGUGGUGUUGUCAUAAAUCGUUCAUUUUAAAAAAAAAUAUAAGAUCCUUUUAAAAUGUCAUAAGUUUUUACGACCCUGAAGAAAAGCUGGUAUCUGAAUUUCAAUCUUGAGAUUUAAGUAAAUUAUACAUUGUUUAACUUAAUGGUUUGUAUUUUAUACAGCAAUUGUUUACUUCUUAUUAUGCUCCCAAUCCCCCUCUAGUUUACUGUUUUACUCAACAUGUCAUUUGUUGAGGGUGUAAAAUGUCAAUGUCACAGUGACUCAGCAGAGACUAUAAAGCAGUCUCUGCCGGCCUCUAACUGAACAACACUUUGACCUACGGGUAUUUUUAUUGUAUCAAGCUCUACCGAUAUUGUUCAAAGAAUUCCAUUACAUGCAGACCUCUCAGGUUUCAUAGUGUUACACUCCUACCAGGUUACCUUGACUAGUUCAUGAAUUUGUUCACAAAUAAAUUUAUGAAGUUCAUGAACCUUUUUCACAGGGGAGUUCAUCAAAUGUUCAUGAACCCCUGUGGUCAUUUGCUGUUCAAGGGAUUAUUUAUGAACAUUUGAUGUACUUGGUUCAUGAACCAAAGUUCAUGGUGCUGCCAUUUGCUGUUCAUGGGAUUGUUCAUUAACUUUAGUUCUUUAUUUGUGAACUCCAUUUCAAGAAUUAUUCCAUGAACUGGUCUUUCGCAGGGGAGGACCAGUAUCACCUGUGAUAUGCUGGAAGAAGUCAAACUCUUAAGAGUCGAAGAUAGGGCUAAUCUAUUACGACUGAAUCAUGUUCAUAAUAGUUUUCACGACAUUGCAUCAUAAUAUCUUAAUCAAAAUUUUUGCAAAGUUUCAUCAAUUCACAACCGCACUAGAUUUAGUAAAUUUAACUUUUUUGUUCCAAAAGUCAAAAGUUUUGGUACUGACUUUUUCUUUCAGUGUUAUUCAAGAAGGGAAUAAUCUUCACGAGUUUAUUAAGUCGAAAACAAAUAAACAUAGCUUUAAAUAGGAAACCUCUGAUACUAUUUUAUACUGAGACAUUCCUGAAAAUGAAUAUCUGUAUUUUCCUCUGUUUUAGUCAAAAACAUUGAAAUUAUUACUGUAAUUAUAUUCAGGACAUAAGAUUUUUAGAUAGCGUUAUAUGUUUUACCUAUACACGAAUUUCUUACCAAUUAAAUUGUAAUGAUCACACAUUUUAAUUGUGAAGAUAAUGACUGAAAAUUAUAUCUACCUAAUGGGACCCCAUUGGAAAUAAGUUAUUAAUUUUACUUUGAUGAGUCAUCCCAUGUAUUAAGAUCAUAUCUUUAUUCUAUUUAAUAAAUUAUAAAGUAUACCUGACGUAAUCUUUCAAGCAUUUAUUUAAUAUCUAUUUAAAGAUAUUUAUAAUAUUCUAAUCAAAGCAUUUUAAUCUAAUUUAGCUAUGGUAUACAUGGAUUUUAUUACAUUAGUUUUAUAAAGUGUUUUAUGGUCUUAUGCCUGAAUAAAUUUUAAUUUGAAUACCACUCUUAAGGCUUAUUUUCUGUAUGAUUUGCAAAACAAUAGUGAGACAGUUUGUCUGUUUAUAAAACUAGGGUCAAUUUUAAACUCGGUUAAAAUGGGUCAAAAACUAGGCCGCUAGGUUUAAUUAUCAAAGAGCCUUCGUAGCACUAUAGACGAAAUAGGUUCUGUUUGAUCUAUAUGAAAUAUAGAUAGAAUAUUUGUCUCUGUGAAGUCUUAGUUUAGAUUGAUUUCAGUCUUACCUUAUCUAGGAUUAAAUAAAUACCAGGUCAUUUUGUCAAAUCGUAUAAAAAAAUUUGUUGACAAUCUACUGACCUAACAAGCUACUACAGACCCAGUUUCAAACUCGCCCAACAUUUUGUUAAGACGGAUAUUCUGAUAAAGUCGCAAUACGAUAGGGCCAAAAUUGUGAUCUCUGCAGUGUUCAAAAUUGUUGAAACUGUUCAUGUCGGACGACGGACACUAGGCGAUCACACUAGCCCGCCUUGACCACUUUGGUUCAAUGGCGGUGCUUCUAAAUUAAUGCUGGAAAAAAUCAUUUCAGUAAAGUGUAAUGGCGCAAACAUUUGGUAGUACAUACGCACAUACGGAAGGACAGACAGAAUGAACCAUAGAUAUAUCCCUAACCGUAAAGGGUUGGUAUAAUAAGCUGAACCAUAUCUUCAUUAUAUGUAUGUAUUUCCGACCGCACAUAAUGCAAUUAGAUUAUGUUGAGAUGGUCCCCUUGAAAUAUCUAUCGUUCUACAGUCCAUAAUUAAUACUUAAUUCGCAAAUGUUUAUUAGAAGGUGCACGAUUGCAUAUGUUCUUUAGAUGCUCUUUUAAUAUAUUAUAUCAAAUAAAUUAAAACUGUCAUACAAUUAACAACAAGGAAUGAAGUCGGUAAUCAAUGUUUUCUUUGUCAUGUUUUAUGAUUUUAGAUAGAAACAGCUAAAUGUGUUAAGUAUUCAGAAGCAUAUAUUCUGAUAAAUUAUUAGUAUUGCAAAGAAACAUCACUGUGACAUUUCAAAGGAUGAAUAAAAUUCAUCGAUGGAAAUAUAUAUAUAAUUGCAUUGCACGAUUUUUCAGAUAUACAACGCUGAUGUCGAAGCCACGGGAUAUUUCAAAAAAAUGCCGGAUGAUAAAAUCACAAUUAGUAUUAAUUAUUUUGACAUGAUAAAAGACCCAGCGAAUGGAACUAUUGUAAAAGUCGAAGGUGGAGGGGUAUCCAGUUUUGAACCUUUAUUUGGAUUGACGAACUACACAAAUGAUGAAAACAUAAUCGUUUAUGAUUAUGAUAUCUCUAAGGAUUUAAAGAACAGAAAUUUGUCGUCUGUUCUCCAUAGGAUGCUUGAUUUGAAGGUCAGUUUUGCACUGCACUCGUUAAGGGUAGACAAGAACAGCAGAAAGACUAGAUGUUUACAUAUAUUUGGGAAUGUAUCAUUUAAUGACAAAAAUCACAACGGCCAAGUGAUUAUUCAACUAUCGACUCAAACUGUUCCGAUAACAUGUACUUUUCCUUCAAUGGAUGCCAAGCUGUGUGAACAGUACCACGAAAUCGACACUAUGAGAGUGAAAGUACUUGCCUUUUUGACAGUGUCUGGUGACACUUUAAUGUUUUUUAUAGGCACAGGCAUAUUGAUUGCUCUUUGUUGUUGCUCUUCCUCUGAUAGUUGUUGUAACUGUUGUGUAAAUAUAUAUCGACCUUCUCCCGGCGAGUGUUUCUUCAAUGUUCAGUGGUGGCAUAUCAUAUCAAUAGCUGGAGAUUCAUUUACAUUACAUGGUGUCCAUUGGAUAACAGAUAUGUUACAAGGUCACUUGAAUUUAGAGGAUGGAUCUCUGAGCGGCUGGGACAAGCACUUAGUUUACAUUGGAUCGGGAUGUCUUUUAACUUGGUUUUCUUUCCUACGUUUUAUCAGGAUACAUGACAAGCUUUCUCUGUUAUUCAAGACAAUUCGCACGGCGGCACUUGAUGUGAUAUUUUUCUUGGCGUGCGUGUGCAUUAUUUUUAUUGGAUUCUGGUUGUGCACAUACAUUGUUCUUGGUCCGUAUAAUGUCAAGUUUCAAAGAAUGUCAACCACUGCAGAAACAUUAUUUUCAAUUAUUAAUGGCGAUGAAAUAUAUGCAACCUUUUCGAUAUUACAAGAGUCAAAAGCAGGUGACAUAACUCGUAUACGGUGGUUUUCAAGACUUAUCAUAUAUGCCUUUGUCACCCUAUUCACUGUUUUGGUAGUCAAUCUUCUGAUUGCAUUGUUCAACAGCGCUUACGAAGUAGUAAGGUCGAUUGAUUAAUAACCAACCUCCCUGGGCAUAUCCGAUAACUCUGACAUGUAUGUUUGGCAAAAUAUGCCCCCUUUUGGACUUCGAAAUUUUUGGUUAAAGUUUUGCGUGCAAGAUACUAUCUGCAGAACAAA